AAGCUCAGAGAAGUGAUGGCAGAUAAAGAAGUGGCCCCCGCCGCCCCGGCCCCGGCCAAAGCCGCGAAGAAGAAGGUUCCCAAAGCCAGAGCGGCUGGUCCUGGUCCUGGUCCUGGUCCCAGCGUCAAAGAGCUCGUCUUAAAAGCUGUGUCCGCAUCCAAGGAGCGGGGCGGCUCGUCUCUGGCCGCCAUCAAGAAGGCUCUGGCUGCCGGCGGGUACGAUGUGGACAAGAACAAGGUCCGCGUCAAGACCGCCGUCAAGGGCCUGGUCGCUAACGGGACUCUGAGCCAGACUAAAGGGACCGGGGCCUCCGGGUCCUUCAAGCUCGCCAAGAAGGCCGCCGAGCCCAAGGCCAAGAAGCCCGCAGCUAAGAAAGCUGCAGCUAAAGUCAAGAAGCCCGCAGCCAAGAAACCUGCGGCGGCCACCAAGCCCAAGGCUUCGGCAGCAAAGAAGCCAGCAGCCGCCAAGAAAGCCACCAAGAGCCCCAAGAAGGCCCCCAAGCCCAAAGCCAAGAAGGCCACCACGCCCAAAAAGCCUGCUGCGGCCAAGAAAGCCCCCAAAAAGAAGCCUGCUGCUGCCAAGCCCAAAGCCAAGAAAGCAGCAGCCAAGAAGAAGUGA